AAAUAGUUUGUUAACAACUAAAAUAAUCUCUGGUUAAGAAUGGCAUGUUGAUAAACGUCAGACCUACCUCCUUGUAUCCCAGCAUCCUCUGCGGAACGGGAGCUCUUUCCGGUGAGGACAACACGAGCAGCGUCUCAAGCAUCUCUUCGACCUUUUACUAAAGCAUACAAACAUGGCCGAGACUAUGGAUGAGAAGAUCAAAAACUACAGGACGGCUCCUUUUGACGCCAGAUUCCCGAACACGAACCAGACUCGCAACUGUUUUCAGAACUACCUGGAUUUUCACAGAUGCAACAAGGCCCUUUCAGCCAAAGCCCAGGAUGUGUCUCCAUGUCAGUGGUACCAGAGGGUUUACAAGAGCCUCUGUCCAAUGAGCUGGGUGGCUAAAUGGGACGAUCAGAGAGAAAAUGGAAGUUUCCCUGGAAAGAUCUGAAGUCACUGACUGUUCCUGGUCAUGGUCUUGUGUUGCUCAAACCUACACCUCUGUAGUGUGCCUGAAGACAUCUGCAACACAUCCAUCACUUCGUCGGUAUCAUUGUCAUCAUUUCAACUACCCUAAACUGUAAACACGCACAGCUUUAACCAUUUGAAGGUUUAGUUUGUUUUAUCCUGCUAUUUUAAUCUUUCAUGUUGCAGUAUUGAUUCAGUAAAUACUGUGUAACGUAAUAAACAUAUUCUUUGCUAGGAAGUGUAACGCGUGUGUUGUGUAGAUGAAACGUUUUGCCAGGCGUGUUAAAACUUUUGAAAACAUCAACACAUCCAGCUUUAGUCGCAAGCAUCUGAGUCAGUGUGUCUGUUAUGGAUUUAUUUUUUUUGCCCCUCGCUAGCUGUUACCCUCACCCAGAUUAUAGAGUAUUGUGUCACACCAUGGCUGAUAAAAUCAUAUGGGAACUCAGUUGAUUGAUAGCUCUACCUCAGGCAGUGCGUUAACACGUGUAAUUAGGUCAGAUUCAGAUUUCAUUGAGUUUAAAACAUUUUAAAAAAUGAAAUUUAAUAAACCUUUCAACUCCU